AUGGCUGAAGAACAGAGCAAGAAACGUGCAAAAGAACAAAACAGUAAUGACGAUGAGAGCGAAGAUGAGAUGAUCGGGCCAUUGCCCGUCGAAGCAAGUAAACCAAAGAAGAAAAAAGUUUUAGAAUUCGAACAAGUAUACCUUGAUAACCUGCCUUCGUCAGAAUCCUACGAGAAAAGUUAUAUGCAUCGUGAUUUUAUUACGCACGUCGUCGUAACAAGGACUGACUUCCUUGUUACUGCAAGCUGCGAUGGGCACGUGAAAUUUUGGAAGAAAACUGAAGAAGGCGUUGAAUUUGUUAAGCACUACAGGGGUCACUUAGGAUCAAUAUGCUGUACAGCUGCAAGCGUCGACGGUCUUUUGUUCUGUUCUGUCGCAAAUGACAAAUCUCUAAAGGUCUUUGAUGUUGUAAAUUUUGAUAUGAUCAACAUGAUGAAAAUUGGGUAUGAACCUGGACAAUGUGAGUGGAUAUACUCACGCGGAGCUGCCAUUGCAGCUUUAGCUUGUUCUGAAAAAGAUUCUGGGAAAAUACAUAUUUAUGACGGGCGUGGUAAUAAUGUUCCUCUGAACACCAUUGGCAUUCACACUAAACCUAUUACUUUUAUCAAGUAUAAUUCAAAAUACGAUGUGGCCGUGUCUGCAGACGAGGCUGGCAUGAUAGAAUAUUGGUCAGGCUUAAAGGGAGAUUUCAAGUUUCCACAAAAUGUCAACUUUCAAUACAAAACGGACACGGAUCUCUUUGAGUUUAUCAUGUGUAAAGCAGUUCCAACGUCGUUGGCGUUCGCUCCGGAUGGCAAGCUAUUCGCAACGAUGGCUACGGACCGCAAAGUUCGCGUCUUUCGAUUUUUGUCGGGCAAAAAAGUUCGCGUAUUUGACGAAGACCUGCAAGUGUACACAGACAUGCAACAAUCCGGUCAGCAUUUGCCGGACAUGGAAUUUGGAAGGCGUAUGGCAGGGGAAAAGGAUCUAGAGAAGACUAAGAACUUGCGAUAUUCGAACGUCACGUUCGACGAAAGUGGUUACUUCUUGUUGUAUGCCACACUUUUUGGUAUAAAAGUUAUCAACAUUCACACGAAUCGUUGUGUGCGUAUUAUUGGUAAAAACGAGAACGUUCGCUUUCUAAGUUUGGCGCUGUACCAAGGAAAACCCAGCCAAGGAAAAGCUGCUAUUACAUUGGAAACAGAGGCAGCUGACAAUCCGUCUUUAAACAAAUCCACAACAGAUCCCACGAUAUUUUGUACCGCUAACAAAAAGAAUCGUUUUUAUGUGUUUACUAGAAGAGAUCCUGACCAAAGUGUUGAGGGAGAUAGAGAUGUUUUUAAUGAAAAACCUUCAAGAGAGGAAAUCUAUGCUGCAACUGAGUCAAGUGGAGGGUUAGAUCGUGUUGCUGAGAGCGUUGUUAUACACACAUCUAUGGGCGAUAUACAAGUAAAACUUUUUGUCAAAGAGUGUCCAAAAACUGUUGAAAAUUUUGUCGUGCACAGUCGAAAUGGUUAUUACAAUGGUCAAAUAUUUCAUCGUGUCAUAAAACAAUUCAUGAUCCAGACUGGAGACCCCUUAGGCGACGGUACUGGGGGUGAGUCGAUUUGGGGAGGAGAAUUUGAAGAUGAACUUCAUCAUAACCUGCGUCAUGAUCGACCUUAUACUUUAAGUAUGGCGAACGCUGGACCGAAUACAAACGGCUCUCAGUUCUUCAUAACAGUUGUGCCAGCGCCAUGGCUUGAUAAUAAGCACACAGUAUUUGGCCGCGUUGUGAGGGGUAUGGACGUCGUGCAAGAGAUAAGCAAUGUUUCAACCAACCCAAGAGACGACAGACCUUACGAAGAGGUAAAAGUGCUGAAUAUUGCCGUCAAGUAGAUUGUCAUCUACAGAUGCAUCGCUUUCAUCCUUAGGAUGCCCUUUGAGAAUGUCCAUGCCUGUAGAGAAUGCCCUUUGAGAAUGUCCAUGCCUGUGUUGAUCUUAUGUAUACAGGACCCUGUCUUGCAAUAUGCCUCACCACUUUCCCAUUGUAGCUCUUGCAACCAGGAAUGAUAAUUCUCGUGCCCACUGAUUCCACACAUUCCAUGUAAACGCCACGCCGGAGGUUUUAAAAUACUACAUUUUUUUACGCCAACACACGUGAAGUCUACUGCCAGCUGAUAAUAAACGGAAUCGUGGAAUGUAGUCAUGUAGGUAAUCAUCAAGUAGUGAGCCGGUUUAUUACUUUGAAAUCAUGAUAUCAAAGAAAGCAAGUCACUUGAUAAUCGUUAUUUAACUAUUGUAACAAAUGCCAAUGAAUAUGAAAUGAAAAACUAACUAAUUUGAUACACAGUGCAUUUUAAUCUGCCAAAAAUGGGCAGCGUCGCUCUUCGGAAUUUACCCUAUCCACAACCUUCGACACAUCAUACUGAUGUGCACGUCGAGAUGAAAAGAAUGUCAGGACACGAUGUGGUUUGAUGUGCUUGUCGCCCGUCAGAUACAAAGAUACGCCUUCUCUGAUGAUUUCUUCGGAAAGUUAAAUUGAAGGCAAACACCAGUUAACUUUGGUGCGUCGUGCCAAAGAGACAUUUACUUGGCUACCAGACUGCUGCUGAUUACGCAUCGAGUUAUAGAAGCUUUCAGCUAUCGCUUCGGGCCCACCUUUAGCCAAAGCAACGUCGAGUAAAACGCAUGUUGGAGACUUCGCAAUUUUGUACACGUCUUUGUUUGAGUAAAAAGAUGCAUAAAAACAGGAUUCAUUUAGCUUGACUCUGCGACUGUUUCCUGAGGAAUAAUGUAACACAACUGUAAAUCCAGCCCAGGUGUUCCCUCCGGUCUGAUCUCCACCAACAUCUCGGAGGGAAUGAUUUCUUCCUUGUCGUCGGCAGCCUCGAACCAUUCUGGACAUAGAGCUUUCCAAACUCCCUCCUGAACUGCCCUUUUUAAGCUACCCAUAUAAGAAUGUGCCAUGCGUAAAUCAAAGUUCAAGCCUGAAGCUUGGAUGUGGGGCAUUUUAGACACCGCUUUCAUCAGUCUUUUACACUGCUCUACGCCAUAAUCUUGAGCUUCACCUUCAGGACGGAAGAACGUGAUUUUUUCAUCAAAGAGGUACCACAGUUUAGGUUUACCAAAUUCGAUGCAUCGAACACUUCAAGCACUGUCAUCACCUCAUUCUCUAGAACUGGCUGAAUUCGUUUCUCUAACGCGCAAGCCAGGUCUUUCGAGAACCUUUGAUGAUCUUCAAUAACUUCUGAUUCUUCCCUCAUUUGCCACGUGAAGCGACUUUCGCCUGCAUCUCUUCCGUCAUCUUUCAUUAUUAGCCAUCCUUGUAAGAGUUGAACUCCUCUGAAAACGCCUCCUGGAUGAAGAUCCGCCUCUGCCUCAUUCACCCUUUUGAAGAAUCCAGGAUCCCCGUCUGCAGCUCUAUUUAGCUGUGCUUGAAGUGACGCAAUGCUUUUCUCUAUUUUAACCCACUGCUCAAAAGAUGAGCUUGUAAAUCGCUGAGUAGCGUACGAAACUGGUCGCCUUGCGUUUUCGUUAACCAUCUCUAAAAAAUGCAAAACCUUUUCCAUUGGCCAACACAUGAUUAAACACAUUGCAACGUUUGAUAAAUUGCCUGAAAAAUUAUCCUGACUUGGAAUUACUAUCUCGAACAUCCGUGACAGCCAGAUUUUAUAGAUGUGAUAUCAUCGUCAUCGUUUAAACCAAGGGCUUGACGAAGAUAUUUCUUACAGCCACUUGCUUGAUACGGGCCAUCUGCUGCAACGCCACACAGCUGCGAAUGAAUAUGCACACCAAAGUGAUCAGAUAUCCCAUUUAAAAUCUGCUUUGCAAGAACAUCAUAAGAAGCCUCUUUAAAUUCUGUGUAUACUGGUGGAGCAUCAACAGGAAUAGGACAAGCCUUGCCAUCUUUGCUUCUUGCCACAAUCAGAACGGCUUGAUUCGUUGUCCGGGAUGGCGUAGCUUUGUAGUCACCCAAUAAUGAGGUGGAAGUUAAGUGGAAGGGAGAGGGGUAGAUAGCCAAGAUUUGAUUUUUCCAUCUAUAACUUUUUCAAGACAAUAAACAAUGUCGUUGAAAUUAUUGCGUCCAUGUCCUAUUUUUCCGAUAUCCACCGAACAGCAAGCUAAAAGAGAGAGAAGAGUCUCGAAAUGCUUUGCAGCGGCACCAAGCUUGAGGUCUGCGAUUGCUGCACGGAAGAAAUUUCUGCAGGCUGUUGUCUCACGUUUCAAUUCUUCUUUUUUCUUUAUAUACCCAUUGUUUUGUGGUGCUUAGACGAUUCACUUCCUACCAAACAGAUAUGAUCAAUGCAACUCUUCUUAUGAUGAUACCAAAAUUGGUGAUGGCCACGAAUAAGAUGCUGCGAGGUUUCUUUAUCAAAAAAGAUUCCCGUGGAAAGCGCUCCAUUGCCUCUCGAAUUUAGCAACUCAUUAGCUUUGAACGGUGUCAAAGAUCGAAGGGUAGGUUUAGCAGCUAAAUGAAGCUCAUAACAAGGUGCACAUCGCAAUACACCACAUUCUGUACCUUCAUCAUGCGGGUAGUUUAUUCCGAAGAAAAAUUCUUUAAUUAAGUCCCAAAGGGAGUUCAUUUCAAUGGUUUUAGUCCCAACGCUCAGAGGUGAAAAUAUGCGAUUUUGACUAACACUUUUUAUCAGCCUCC